UGGGGCUGAGACAGUCAUGUCUCUGUGUACAAGUCCUCUUCAAAGAAGGAGAUCUUUUUAACAUGGAUUUACACCUGAGUGAUACUGCUGGAAAGAAGCACAUUCUCUACUUGUCCAGCUCGUAUCGCGAGACGGCCAUCAGGGAUCAUGUUGUGCUGCAUUCCAAGAUUGGUGUUUUUUUCAAAACACCAGGAAGUUGGACAUCACUGUGCAUUGACCUACAUGAUGUAGUGCAUCAGCUAUUCAAGACAGUUGACUUCUUCUCUCUCGAUUAUAUUGCUAUUCAUGGCUACUGUUGCGUGAAACGUGUGUUCACUCUCAAGAAUUGCCCGUCACCAAUCGACUUUGAAGGAGGGCCAAGCAAACCUCUGGAGCAGCUUCCACCCAGUGUACAGAUCACGUAUCGCAAUGGCAGCAAAGCAAGGAUGCAGGUGGUUAGUGUGCACGAUGAAGGAGCAACUCCAGUUUCGGCCAGUUCACCAAGUACAGCUCAUCAAGGUGCCCAGAUGACAGGCAAGGAAGCUGGCAAGCCGGUUAUUGCAUUUGGCAGUCGUGUUAACAAAUCUCCAUUGAAGUCGCCUCCUACUAAACCCUUGCACCGAAUGGUGAGUGAAAUAGACACCAUUUCAACACUGAGUGGAAUCAAUGAUCAACUUGUUGGGGAAGUCACAGAUACACCAGCUGGAUGCUUUGGAGCUGGAUGCUCAGCUGAAAAUUCCGUGCUAAACAAGCAAGGAGUCCCGCACAAGGCUUCCGAUGUUGUACUACUCAACGGAAUGCAGCCAAGUCCACCAGCCGUGCUGAAGAGUGAUGGAGAAAUCUGGGCUUCACAACCACCAAAUGCCACAGGUAGUAGCAGUAGUGCUAGUCGGAGCCGUCAUGGAAACAAGCGCUCUCAGCGUGUACUCCAACCUCUGGGCUGGAUUGAGCGCGAUGUUCCAAUACCAUCGGAGGAAAGUGAUGAAGACGACCCAUUGUUCAUCUCUGGAAUUUCCCUCUCACAACCAGAGAAAGUCAAGUCCCGUGGAAAGCAAUUUACAAAGCCAUCCAGUAACAAACGGCAUGGUCGGCUUAUCAAGAGUGCUAAUAGAGAUUUACCAGAACCACAAAGCCAGGGCUCAUCUGCAUCCAGGCUACCUGCUGUUGAAGGGCGACGUGUUGAUUUUAGUGGGCCUGGAGUGAUUCCAGUAGAAGCAGCAGCAGCAGCAGCUCCAUGCACUUCAGGGGGACGACUUCCCAUGCCAACAGGGGAGCAGCAAUCCGAUGAAGACAGUACCACAUCCACCUCAUCGCCGCAAAAUAACUCAAGCCUCAAGAAAUUCGCUUUUCAGUUCCAUGGUGGACCGUCGGUACUGAACAGCAAGUCACAACAGCUAUCCCAGCAACUGCCUUCAAUAACAUCUGGGAGAACCAAUGUCAAACCAUCAUCAAACCCGAGAAUGAAUGCCCAGAUCAACCAACUGUACAUGGAUGACAGUAGUGAUAUUGAGCUUGUUGGUGUCGUCACUGGCAGUGGUGUUUCAUUAGACAUGGACAAGGGCACUGAUGAACUUGGCAAACAUGUAAUCCGUACAAUGGAUGCAUCAGAACGCAUGAAGGAUUACGCAAACAUGGCAUUUAUGCAUGGAGCCUCGCCCACCGACGUGCUACCUAUCGGCGCCCAACAUGACACACAUUCUGAAUAUGCAGAAGAGGAAGGAAGCAGCAACAGGAGUCGUGAUACAGAUAUUCACAGUGCUGCUGUUGCUACCGGUAUACCUCUUUCCAGCUCUGAUGACAAUGCUCUACACAUGCACAAUCAUGGUGGGCUCAUCGGACUGGAUGGUGGAUAUAUUCUGCCAUCAUUUAGUCGUUGCCAGAACAGACUGGACAGUAGUAUAUCAGACAGAAGCAGCCUCAGUAGUAUGUCUUGGAUGGCAGCAAGCAAGUCAGGUAUGGAUGGACAGCCGCUUUCGGAAGCUGACCUGGAGAGCUUCAAUCAAAUGCCAGCUGCAACACCCAGUAAUGCGAAUGACAGUGUGAUCAUUCAUGCUGUGAAUCAAGACAUGCCCGAUUACUCCAGGGCUUCAUCGCAGGAUCUACCAUCUCUACGUUCGACGAUGGGCAGUAGCAUGGAGUACACAUUGGAUUUUGCUGUUGGCAAGGACUUGGGAGAGAGCUUUGGUGACGAUGAUCGAUUACACUUCGGACUGCAGCUCCAGAGACCAGAGUCUAAAGCAAGCUGCAGUGGGCUAUGGAAUGAAGACAUGAGUGAUGUAUCUAUAGCAGAAGAUGAUGAUGAUGAUGACGAUGAUGAUGGCGACAAAGAAGAACAAGAAGAAGAGGAGGAGGAGGAAGAAGAGGACAAGUUCACUACUUUGGAGUGGAUUAAACCCCCAUUACUGGACGCACAGCAAGAUUUGGACUUCAACGCAGAACCUGCAGUAUCAUCACCAACCAAGCAAACCCAAGAAACGGUGUAUGCCGUGGACAGGUUGCUGCCUCCAUUGCGGGCCAGCUUGCAAUGGAGAAGCGAGUUUUUGCCCGCCAGUAGUACAAGUAACCAUCAGCUAUGAAUGCAUGUAUCAGCACACUGGACACAUUAUACCGAUACAUGUAAGUAAAUUGUCUGCUUGAAACUUUUCACAAGCAAAUUGAUGCCAAAUAGCUGAACUUGAACUGAAGACUCUUCAGUUCAAGUUCAGCUAUUUGGUGAGAUGCCGAGACACAAUGCUUUGUUGUUGCUGCUGCUGCUGCUUCUACCACCAGUAUUAGAUUACUUUUCGAGGGUAGUCUUUCAACGGAACUAAAUGAUACUUCUUACCCAAACUUAA